CUUGCACGGAUCCUUGCACGUUUAGUUCCAUUGACAAUCUAGUCUAGGGAAGCUCAUAGUAUUAAUACUUGCCAAGGUAGAUAAGUCGACCAAGUUGAACACGCAUUAUUCAUUGGUUAAAUCGAGAUAAUGGAGACGAUUGAAGGCCUUGAGAAAUCUCUUAGUAUCGCCAAGGCAAAAAAAGACAAACUCGCUGAAAUAGAAGCUUAUAGAAAUCUGGGAGGAGCCUAUCAGUCUAUGGGAAUAUUUCAUAAAGCAGUGAAAUAUCACACUAAAGGUCUUAACCUUGCUAUCAAAAUAGGCGACAAGUGUGGCGAGGAAAAAGCUUAUGGAAACUUAGGCAUUGUGCAUGUAGCACUAAUGAAAUAUGACGAGGGAAUUGCAUACCUUCAGAAAAGUCUAAGUAUCGCUAAAGAUUUGGGAGACAGAAAGAGCGAAGGACUUGCUAACWUGCAUCUUGGAAAUGCUUUCUUUUCUUUAAAGAGAUUCGAUGAAGCUGUUGAAUUUUACCAAAGCUUUCUUCGUAUAGUUACAGAAAUUGGUGAUAAAGAUGGAGAAAGAGUGGCGUACUUGAAUUUAGGAAAUUCAUUCAGUGCAUCACGGAAAGAUCAAGAGGCAAAUGACUGUUAUAAGAAGCAUGUUAUUGUAGUUUUGGAAAUCGGAGACAAAACGCUAGAAAGAGAUACCUAUGGCAACCUAGGCAUUACCUUUAAAGAGCAAGGAAAAUACGCGGAAGCUGUUGAAUAUCUUGARAAAUGCCUUCGUUUGGCUAAAGAUUCAGGUGACCUGAAGAUAGAAGCAAAUACAUACGGUCACUUGGGACUGGUUUAUACAUCAUUAUCGAGAUAUCAAGAAGCAACUGAGUAUUAUGAAAAGUGCCUUACUAUCUCAAAGGAAACUGGUAAUCUACAAGAAGAAGCUAUAUCUCUCGGAUGUUUGGGAAGGAUUUAUAUCUUGUCGGGGGAUUAUGCAAAGGCAAUUGAAUGCAGUGAAAGAUGCAGUCAGCUCGCGCUUUCGAUCGGUGACAUAGRCAAUUAUGGCAAAGCAUUAGGAAACUUAGGCGAUGCACAACGCUCCYUAGGAGACUACCAAAAUGCACUUGACUAUUACAAAGUACAGCUUGACAUUGCUCAAAAGUUAGGCGACAAUCGUGAAAUUCAAACUGCUUUUGGAAAUUUGGGAAGUACGUAUAGUUUAUUAGGAMAAUACAACGAAGCAGUUGAAUACCACACUUCCUGCCUUGCAUUGGCUGAAGUUUCGCCAGAUAUAAGGGAUGUAGCCAAUUGCUGUGCACGCUUAGGAAUAACGUACUUUUCAUUGGGAAAACAUCGAGAGGCAACAGAUUUCUGGGUCAAAGAACUGUGCAUUUCCAAAGAGAUUGGUUAUACAGAGGGAGAGCUCGCGGCUUAUGGGAACCUGGCGAAUGUUCUACAGUUGGUAGGCAAGCACAAGGAAGCAUUACAGCACUCUGAAAAGUCUCUUAACUUAGCUGAGAAGAUAGGAGACAAAAGGUCCGAGGCUAAUAGCUUCAAUGGCUUAGGAAAAGCAUAUCAGUUAAUGGGGAAGUUAAGCAAAGCGUCUGAAUGCUACCAAAAGACCUUGGCUCUAUCUACAGAGAUAGGUGACAAACAGACAGAAGGACUUGCUUAUGGGAACUUAGGGAGCGUUUACAAGGMAUCAGAGAAAUAUGAAGACGCUAUUCAGUGCUGCGAAAAAGCUGUGGAUAUUCUGUCGAGCAUAGGUGAUAGAAAAGCUGUGGCAAUGGUGCAUUUUAACAUCAGUAUGUGCUACAAGUUAAUGCACGCUAAAAACCACAGUAAAGCCAACGAGCAUUUAGUGGAGAGCAUCCGCUGUUCUGAAGAAUUAUAUCACGGCUUGGGAACCAACGACACCCUGAAGAUUCCGAUAGUUGACACAUACAUUGAAGCCUACAAGGCAUUAACACGUUUAUAUUUAGAUACUGGGGACGCCGAUGAAGCCAUAUUAGUAUCCGAGCGUGGACGAGGACACGCGUUAGAAGACCUACUAAGCAUGAAAUACGGUGUCAAUAGACAAAACACRCCAAACAGCGGUUCAUUGGAACUAUYUAAGCGUGGUGUUUAUGAUAUAAUCGAUAUGACAUUAGUUGACUUCUCGAUUCUGUAUUUYGAUGUUUCGCCAGAGAAGGAUUCCAUUCAGAUGUGGGUCCCCGMAGCUUKCCCAAAUCCAUCGUUCUGUGUUCGCCGCGAUGUCAAUGAUUUCCAAUCCACAGAAGAUGAUUGCGACGAGGAGAGUAGCAAAGAAGUAAAUAUCCAAAAUGUCAUUGAGAAAAGCUACGAAGAAAUGAAAGUUAGAGAAGUAGAAUGUGAGGAUAGGUCGUUGGGGAUUCUAAAUGCUACCGAGCUCGAAACGAGUGCUUGCGGAAUACCUACCGAGCCCGUACCGACUGAAAGCAGUACCAAAGUUUCAAAAAGUCGAUGUAUAUUUGAAGUUGAAGAAGACGAAAAACCAUUAGUCUAUCUUUAUGAAAUGUUGAUAUCUCCAGUAGAAGAAAAACUCAUUCAAGACGAAGUGGUUAUCAUUCCUGAUGGWGAGCUCUUYRUGGUCCCUUUUGCUGCACUUCAAGAUACCAAAACAGGCAAUUAUCUGUCGGARACGAAGCGCAUUCGUCUGAUACCCUCUYUGACGAUUCUGAAGAUUUUGCAGGAAUCUUCUAAUGAUCAAGAGCAUAUGUCCGGRGCUUUGAUUGUUGGGAAUCCUGACAUUGGAAAAGUAAUAUACAGAGGUAAAGAAAGAUCAUUCACGACCCUACAUGGCGCAGAGGAUGAAGCGAACRAAAUUGCUGAYCUUCUUGGYGUWGAAGCAUUAACUAGAAAAAMAGCAACAAAACAAAACAUAUUGGAAAGACUACAAAAAGGUGUGUCARUCGUYCACUUUGCAGCACACGGAGAAACUGAAAAUGGCCAAAUACUUCUAGCUCCGUCCCAAACCUACAGUUCRGAUAAACUCCCAGAGGAGAAGGAUUAUAUYUUAACGAUUAACGAGGCACAAGAGAGUGGUUUACGAGCCCAACUUGUUGUGCUUAGCUGCUGCCACAGCGGUAAAGGUGACAUCAGGKCUGAGGGCGUGGUUGGSAUGGCUCGUGCCUUYCUUGCUUCAGGAGCACGUGCUGUUGUCGCGUCAUUAUGGGCCAUUGAUGACAACGCUACCAAGUUCUUCAUGUUGAAAUUCUAUUCACACCUUAUUGAAGGAGAGAGUGCUAGUAGGAGCCUACAGCAGGCCAUGAAGGAAAUGAGAGAAUCARUUUACAGUGACCCGAUGUAUUGGGCUGCCUUUUUCUUGAUUGGUGAURAUGUUACAAUCAGUUUGGAACCUCAGUCAGACACUAAAAAUGWCAAGCAUGGGCGUAAAUGUAUUAUUUCCUGACUUAACAUUCCUCUAUAGGUACUCGUAUCAAAGGCAGUUGAAGCAUUCAAGAGCUUUGAUGGCGUAAAACUGACCAUAUGGUACCUCAAAGAUUUCUAAAUACUUGUUAAUAGGAGUUCAAAAAAAGGAGAAAAUAAUCUUCCGGAAUGCCUUGCAAGACAUGACUGUCAGAUUCUAACCUAUGGUACUAUUCUAUUCCAUUUUAAUAAAUAAGAAUAGAAUAUGCUACUUUUAAGAAAAAAUAGUGUGUUACGUAACGCAUUAAUAGAGCGGGUUUCAUAUGAGUGGGACAUCGUUACCGCACGGUUACCGCACAGUUACCGGACCUGGCCUGCACAAUUUUUGUGAACCAAUGGGGCACUAGAAUUUGGUUACAGUACGAUUACGGCCACAGUACAGUACCGACCGUUUCCCACUCAUACGAAAUCCGCUCUAUGUUACGUUACGCAAGUUUAACGAACUAUAAGUAUAGUUUAAAACACGAGAGAGAGUGUUUUAUCAAGUAUAAAGUUUCGAGCCGAAGGCAAAAACUCAAAAACUCCAUUACUAAUUUGAAACUCAAAUCCAUGAAAAUUCUUGGAGAAGUUGCCGUAAAAAUAUGUUUUGAGAUAAAUGGGGCAAACUAAUUAUGCGCGAAUCACUACAAAGCACUCUUGCCAACCCACAUUGAAUACGCGUAACGCAAAAUAGAAGCGCUGUUGGCUUUUUUACUGCAAUCAGUUGACAUCCUGCAAUAAUCAGGUAUCAAACCUGACACCUUUGCUAUCGGUCAUGGACCUUUAGGUGAUAUUUCAAAAACGAGUAGGAGGCCGAAGGCCGAGUGUUUAUAUCCACGCUAAAACACGAACUACGAGUUUUUUUAAAUGA